CCGUUCCCGCAUAGUCGAGAUUUAGACGAAAUAUAGCGAAACAUUUUGAGAACUUCAUUUGUCCUUUGUAACUACUUUUAUUUCCUUGUUAAGAGUUGGUUGUUGAACAAUUCUUUAAUAAAAUGUUAUGUUAUUCAUUUCCACUCUAGAAGUUCAUGAGUUUACCAAACAGACUCACACGAUUAUACAGGCAAAGACUGAAGGGGGUGGGGGUAGGGGUUCCUCAAGGCCUGUGAAAGAGCCCUGGAGGCCGCGCCUGCAAUGGUCACGUGAAGGGAGUCCAAUAAAAUCGUCGAACACUCUUCUUACUGGUUUUGGAAUUAAAACAAAUGAUUACAAAUAAUCUCAAGUUUAAAGAAGAAAGAUACAGAUAAUAGAUGACUAAUCAUAAUUUUGCUUGUUGGGUCUCCAUCGAUUAUUGUAGGGGGAAAAAAGAGCUGAGUUGAUGUCUGUGCUCAUUUAUUAACAACAUAUUUGAUUUUCGCAUGCCCAAGCUUUAGACAAAGAAAUUCGGAACCGCGUGAAUACAAAAUAAACAAAUAUUACAACAGUGAUAACAUGAAAUAAUUUCCAUGGCAUGCAAAAAAAAAAUAAACUACACCAACGCGGCAUUUAGCGGUUUGCAUUUACCUUUGAUUUUCUCAACAUGUGUUUGAUUAAAGGUUUCAUACGGUUACAGACAUUUAUACUACCUUAAUGUGUCUAAAUAUAUAAUAAAAACAUAAAAGCUAUUAGAAUAAAAAAGGGCACAAGAAGCCAAUUUUUGCAUUUUAACUUAAUAACACAGAAAAUAUACAGUCACAUGAAGGUAGUCGAACGUAAGGUAUCAAACAGUCAAAUAUUCUUACUUUUACAUGCAUUUUAGAUAGAUAGAUAGAUAGCUACAAUAUAGGAUAUAUCUUAAGAAAUGAAUUAAAAACCGUUGUCCUCCGAUGAUAUAAAUCCCUUUAAGCGUUUAACGCAAAUAGUUGUUCAGUUCGUCCCAGAAUAUUAUCAUUAUUUUCCGGUGGAAAAAAAUAAAAUAAAAUCACUGAUCACUUGACAUUUUUUAUGCUAGUACUGUCCGAAAAAGUAACAUAAAAUCGCACAAACAAUAAAUAAAAAGAGAGAUUAUCAGUGCGUCCCAGUCCCUCGCAGUCAGCUCCGUUCUGUAAGGAGGGCCUUUCAGAUUGACCCCUUUCCGAAGUGCCCACGGCCUACAGUUUACUUUGUAUUUCCUUUAAAAUUCCCAGACACCCACACAGGGUUACAGCCUAUCUGUUUCCACUGUUCUUUUAGACAAGAAAAAUGACGAAACGAAGCUCGGGUUGCAAAUCCGAAAUACUGUGAAGUCGAAUUCAGAUUACAGCUGGCUGCAACACAGUUUAGUUUUAAUCUCUAUCGAUGCGACGCGCCAAUAGAAUGUAUCCAAUGCAGAAAAUAAUUCUGGGGGAAAAAAUCCACAGAUCUACGAGGGAAUAAUGGGGGUUUUCUUUGUUGUGAUCUUGGAGGAAAAAGGCGAAUUCUUGAGGGUGGCUGCUGUCAAGCGCUUUGCCGGCGAAAAGAUUGAUCACCCUUGCUGCAUUUCUACUCAUGCUCUAAAAAUAUCUACCCCCUUUUCCCAUUCGUUUUAAACUUUGACGCAACCAAUUUUGCUUAGAUUUUCAUCAACUAACAUUAUAUUGUUCCUUUCUUCGUCCAAGGUGCAAUAGAAAUUCAAGUCAAGACAUAAGCAAUUUCCAUUUUGAACGCGACCUUACGAUGAACUUUUAGUUGUGGUCACAGUCAACAAAUGUUUCACACACACCGCUAACAACUAUUUUUCGUGCACCUUCAUUUAAAUAAUUAAGCAAAAUAUUUACAGAAAUAUCAUUUGACAAUUCUCUGACCUGGAUUUAGUGCAAACUUACGCGCUUUAAGGUCCCAUUUUUCAACAAUUCUUCAGAGGCUGUGUUAAAAAAAAUCUAAUUAAAGGUAAACCCCAAAAUAAUGUAUUUGUAUCGUAAUGGUUGGGAAUCUCCUAUUCGGCAAAUGUGGCGGACACUCUCGCCAUCACUCUUGUACAUCCUUAUUUAUGUGCUUGAUAAAAGAAAUAUUUCUACACCUCCCUACAUCUCUUGUCUGUUACUCUUGUCAAAACUUUUAAGAUUAAUGACUCUUGAUUGUAAAUACGCAAGAAGCCAUAUUGUGGAUCAGGCAAGGCCUGUGAAUUACAUCACUGGUAGUUCUGCAUUUGGAUUGUUAUUGUCUAACAUAAGAGGCCUGCACUACCUCUCACGACAAAACAGGACUGUCCGAACACAUGGCAGCCGAGAGCCUUUUUUUUUAAAUUAUUAUUUCGUCCGUGUUACAAUACGAACUGAAUUAUAAUACCUUGCUGUAUUUUAUCAAUUCAGACAAAUAUUGCUUUCUUUUGCCACCAGGCCCCGAAUUUCGAUUGGCUGAGAUGAGUCAUGUGACCAGGAAUUGGCUGCAAUUUCGCCCAUAGUCUUCAGUUUAGUAGACCCUGGUCCCCAUACGCUAGUAAUAUCACCAAUAUACACAAUUAUUAAAGCCCGCAAAUGCCGUCAUAGCAGGAACGCAAAAUAAAUCCUAGCCUUUUGGAUGUUAUUUUUUGCGUAUGUUGGUGUCGCUGGACGCCCUUUUUGCCCAGGCGAAGCGAUGAAUUUUGAAUUUGAGAGGGAGAUUGGGUUCAUCAACAGCCAGCCUUCCCUUGCAGAGUGCCUGACGUCUUUCCCCGCUGUCCUGGAGUCAUUUCAAACUUCAUCAAUCAAGGACUCGACAGCAAUUCCACCUCCUUUCGAGCACACCAUCCAUAGUCUGAGUCCCUGCACAGGCAACCAGGCGCGACCGAGGAGCCAAAAGCGAACUGCCUCCAAUGGCCUCCAGCUCCGGACACAAACAGCACCGCCGACGCAGCACCAGCAAGGCCCGGCCCCGCUGUCGGGUAGCGCGCCCCUGGCCCACGAGUUCCCAUGGAUGAAAGAGAAAAAAUCCUCGAAGAAGUGCCCCAAGCCCGGAGCCACUGCUGCUGCAGCAGCAGCCUCCCCUUCUCAGGCAUCCUCCGGAUACACAACCGCGGGACUGGAGUCCCCGACAGAGGUUCAAGGUGUACUGGAUAAUGGCAGCGGUUCACGGAGGCUGAGGACCGCAUACACCAACACGCAGCUACUUGAAUUGGAGAAGGAGUUUCACUUUAACAAAUACCUCUGUCGGCCCCGGCGCGUUGAAAUAGCAGCACUUUUGGAUCUAACCGAGCGCCAAGUCAAAGUGUGGUUUCAAAAUCGACGCAUGAAGCACAAAAGACAAACUACGCACCACCGGGACGGGCAAGAAGGCGAGCCCAGUGGUUUUGAGCUCCUGGAGGGAACCGACGCUGCUUCACCGUAUUCGAGCCAGUCGUUGGAAGUAUCUGGUUCUGGCACCGGUUCUGCAGCAGUCUCCGAGAGUGAGACUUGCCUGACAGCCGCCUCCUACACAAACAGUGCGGACAAAAGCCAGCCCACGCCUGAGGAGGGCCAGGCGAACCAGUCGGAGCCUGCAUCUGUUCCUGACACAGCGGUUCACUCCCCCCCGUAUCCAACGCCUACUGCAGAUAACCCCAGCACAAUGGCUGAGGGCCGAGCAGCUGGGCCAGAGCAUUCGUUCACAGAGCCGCAGGAUGCCACCUCUCUACCCGAUUUGAAUUUCUUUACGACGGACUCCUGCCUACAGAUUUCGGACGCUUUAUCGCCGAGUUUGCAUAGCUCACUGGACAGUCCAGUUGACUUCUCCGAGGAAGAUUUUGACUUGUUUACGAGCACUCUUUGUACUAUAGAUUUGCAGCAUUUACAGUUCUGAACUAUUAUGACAUCACAACGCAUACAAGAACAAUCGAACUCCAUCUAAUUGCAGUGUCAUGAAUGCUUCUCGACCGCAACAUUCCUAUAAUAAGAUAUUAAAAAGUGAAAAGAGACAUCUACCUAAAGAGUUUUUUUUAAAACAAAAAAGGCGUGAAACAAUGCCUAAAAGGAAAUAAAUUGCCCAUUAUUUUGAAAAUACGAUGAUGUAAUCUUUUUGAAUACACAUCGGGAUGGCCCCUGUCGAAGUUUCAGGUAUUUUAUUGCCUUUUGAUUAUCAGAUUUUAGUUUAUGUCGAUUAACAGAUGAAUGGUUGCGGACUUUUUCAGUGAAACUCAAUCAUUGGAAUCUCAGGAAUUGUGUCAGACAUAAGAGUAGUUGAACUGCUUUUAGGAAUUCUCCCAAGGCGGGCGUUGUCCCUAUUGAAUAAUUUUAGAACUAGUUUAUUUAUUGAGAUUCUUUAAUAGUAAAUUUCAAAUUUAUUUAUUGUACGUUAUUUUCAUAGUUGAAAUAAUAAUAAUAAAUAAAAAAAAAACAUAAAUUGGUGGAGCGAGUGUGAUUGAUUCUCUAAGCUUUAAUGAACUCUUUUAUUAAAAAUGUUUAAUAUUCGAAUAUAAAUCAAGACGUUAAUUUUAAGAAUUUGUUUUUCCUUGGUAUUGAUGUAUUGGGAGGAAACCACACAAUUCAGUCCACAGGCUGAAUUAAUGUUCGAAGAACGUUAUUAAGCGUAUAUGCAAAAAAUAAUUCUUAUAGUACUAAUUGUUAUCAUUAUUAUUAGCCUAUUAUUAUUAUGUUACUAUCAUUAUAUUGUGAUGAGAGCUAUUCUUUGUUAGUAUGUUAUUCUUACGAUAAAGUGGUGGGAACUGCAUAAGCUCAAGAAAAGAAAAAAAAGCUACUAAACUUGUAGUAAAAUUCAAAAUCUUUAUUUUAAACAAGCAAUAAAUCGACUAAUCUUUUUAAACAAUGCAGCAAAAACAGUGAUUAUCAUGAACUUGAAAUGAAAAUGUAAAACAGUAUAGGCUAUUUUUACAAAAUCGGCUGUGGUUGAUAACAUGAGAGGUAAAAGGCAGCAGCACGGAUAUUAUUUAUUUUUAGAAGGAAAAAAAAUAAAAAAAAAUUGCGGGAUAAUCUGCAGGAGGGUCAAGCGGUUGACUGGGCUGUGGGCUCCCAUGGCUGCACGCGCCCUGAUGCAAAAUGGCGCUCGAAACACAAUGAAGGAUAUGAACAAUAAAGCGGCAGCCAUUAUGGAUAGUUUAGGCUGCUGCUGCGAGCGGGAUGCUCCAAACUGGCUCAAUGUCAAUUAAAAACAUCAGUUUAAACAAACACAGGCCAGAACUGUAUCAGUUAAAACAGAGAUUUUUUUUUUUUAAUUAAUAUUAUUAUUAUUCAAUAUCAAUUAUUAGAAACCUUAUUUAACAGCUGGAUCUGAGCUCUUAUGGAGAUCGUCGUCUUACAAUAUACUGUGGUUGAUAAUAAUAAUAGUAAUCAUCCUUAUUAUUCACAUCCUUGCUUUAAAUUAUUACAAGACUGCAAGAGUAAAACCUUAAACCACAUGGCAAAAAAAAAAGCCCUUCAUAAAUAUGAUUGCAUAUGUUAUUAUUCCUAUUUGUCUUUGACCUAGAUAGAAUGUAGGCUACACAAUGUUUCCCUCACCCAGGUCAGACUUCUGUUAUAUCUCUAUUAUGAAUUUGAAGCAGCAAGCAAAACAACAUUUCAAUGCAAUUUUAAUGUCUGAAUAGGUAUUUUUUGCUUGGUUUACAUGAGCAGUACCAGUAAAUGACCCCUGUGUGUGUUGAACAGCUGCUCUGCUCAUAUUACUGGAAAGGUGGAUCUGGUCACAGUAGCACUAUGGCAGCUAGAGUUUAACGCUGUGUGUGUACAAGAGCCACACACUGUAUCAAUACACUCACCUGCAUGCGUCAGAAAUAAGGACAAUUGAAUGAUAUACAAUCUCAAGCAAAAGCUUAAGUCUGCUGUUGUGUCAAGAGUAGAAGUGUGACAUAUGGAUAAAUAAAACGACAGAUGUCUCUUGUGCUGAUGAGUAAAAAAGGAGUGUCCAUGUCAAAUCACCAAGUUUGAUUUCCAGUAUUCAGUUAUUUCUGGUUUAGGUACUGGUUUGGGAUUUCUUAAUUUCCUGAUGCCAGCAUAUACAGACUUGGUUACUCUCUCAUUUCAGACAUCUGGCCUACUUCUGUUUAAUUCACCUGAAACAGGUGAGACUUUACAUAUCAGCAUAUCUCCAAACAAGAUAAACAAUGUCUUCCCUGCCCCGAGGCCACACAAGUUUGGUAAAUAUUAUUUAAAAACUCUAGUCAUGAUUUUUUUCCCAUUAGCCUGAUAAUUUGAGGUGUGGCUGGGUCAUGUUUUAUCUCAGUCCUUAUGCUUUGUUUGGUGGCCUGCCAGCUCGUAUUUAUCAGCACAGCACUUUCUGUUUAUAUAUUUCGCAGAGCACAGUACUUUGGGACAGUGGAAUCUAAAAUAAGGAGAGGUGUGGUGGCAUAGGGAUUUUCUCACAUGAGAAAAUGGGCCAGUGUUUACAGUGGUGCAUCCUGGGUAAUGCAGUGCCUGAAGCAGUGGUGGGACUAGCCAAGAUUAAAGUGGAAAUGUCUCCUGCCCUAUUUCAGUCAAACCACCAUGAAGGCUCAGUUUAAUCACUGAAGUGGUUAGGAAACCAGAGUACUUUGUCAUUGAACAACAACAAUAACAAUGGUAACAGCAAAACAUUAUCUUAGCUUAUUUUAGAAUGGCCUCAUAAGACUUUACGGUUAGCAAUGUAAACACAUCGUAUUGGAUUGUGAGCUCUGUAAACAGCUCCCUUUGUAGUAACUCUUGUAUUCAUUUGUUUAGCAAAGACUCUUUGUUCAUAAAAGCCUGGGACUACACAGCUACUGGUCAUAUGCUUAUCAAAUGAAGCAUUAUAGCAUGAAUGUGGAUCAAAAUGGUAACUGCCAAUUUAAAAAGAACCUCAAAGAUAUUAAAGCAAUAAUAACACUGAGAUGCGCCUCUUUGUGCUCUGAAAACAAACAAAAUCUGUGUUAUUACAAUGCCAACCGAAACCUCUCAUGUGACAUUUCAUAACGUGAAACAUUUCAUAGCUUGAGCAGUUCAAUUUGCAGAACUUGUUUGGCAUGCUGCCUUAGCGCAUUUUACUGAAAAACAAGACAUCAGUUUCAAAUAAAGACUCAAUUUUUCAGACAUUUAGCCAUUCUGUAAUGUGUAAUAGAUUGGUUUAUAUACACUGAAAUAGAUACAAAAAGAAACGUGAUAUUUUCCACAUAUACAGACAUUUCAAAUGCAUAUAGACUAAUCAUUAUAUUAUGUUUGAUAAUGACAUAAUAAAGAGGUAUUUUAAAGUUUUGGUCUCUCUAUUAUAUAUCUUCUAUGUAAAGAAUGCUGACAAAUAGUAAAAGGAAACUGCACAAAGUAGAAAUACUGAAAACAAAGCUUUCGUGGCUUGUACACACAAACCUAACUAUAGCAUUAGCCAUGUAGCUAUCUGCUAAUUACUGCAUCUCUCUAAAGGAAACAGAAGCUGUCAAUGAAAAGUAAAUAAAGUGAUGGCCAAAUAACAAGUCAGCCACUACAAUAAUAUCAAUUGUAAUCCAAAAACUCAAUGGUUUACAUUAUCAUUUAGUCUGACUGAUCACUAUAUUCACAGAAAUAAAGAACACACAGUUUUGAUAGUGCUGAACCUUAAAGGGUUAGUUGACUCAUAAAUGAAAAUGAUGUUGUCUUUUACUCAAGUUGUUCCAAACCUGUAUGAAUUUCUUUCUUCUGAUGAACACAAAAGAAGAUAAUUUGAAGAAUGUAUGUAACCAAAAAGGUGAUGGUCUUUCAUUUUUCUCCCAUAUUGUGGAAGUCAAUGGGGUCCAACAACUGUUUGGUCACACACAUUCUUCAAAAUACCUUCUUUUGUUAAACUGGUACAGGUUUGGAACAACUUUGAGUAAUGAUCACAGAACAUUCAUUGUUGGCUGAACUGUCCCUUUAAGUGAAACUGCUGAUAAAACCAAUACACUCUCAUGGCAUUUUGUAACUUGUAACUAUUUUAUGUUUGGGUGAAUUGGUGAAUAAUUCAUCUAAAUUUGUAUUUCAUAGAUAUAUUUUUGUACGAUCUGCUAACACUUUGCCACAGAAGCCUAGGGGUAGGGUUAAAGGUGGAUGGUCAUGCUUACUGUAUCUAAAAAUCGUGAUUUCAUAAAAAAAAAAAAAAAUGAUACAAAAUCACUACCUUGUAAAUAGUUUACUCACAAGAUCGGCAGGAAAACAGUUUAACAUCAGGCCAAACUAAAAUAGUCUGUAAUAGACAUCUCUUGCAGUAUUCAUUCCUUUUCAAUGUUUAAACAAUGAAAAUAAAGUAAUCCUUCAGCAUGUUAACAUUAGCAGUAUGCCAAGAAAGCGCACUGAAAGCAUGGUAUACAUUUCAAAAUGUUUUCAAAAGACAGCGACAGCUGGUGAUGCACAAAGAAUGAGACGCCCUGUAUAUUAGCUCAAGACCUUACAUGUCUUUCUGCACCAACUUUAAAAAAAAAAAACACUACCCUGUUAAAUAUAAAACUGCUUUUGACUCUGAUAUGCUUGCAAGGUUUAAUCUAGAAGUACUUUGUUAGUCUGUGAUUUCUGUCUGUUGACUCAAGUCAUUAAUGUUAGUGCACCUGAAUUUUCAAUGACCAGAACUCUUAAUAAAAUUAAUUUAGAAUAAAGGUUUUCUUGGAACUUAAAAGUAAAAAAAAAAAAAGAAAUCUUGAGAAGGAAUAAAGUCCUUAUGUGUUAAAAUGACAAAAGCAUUUGGAGAGCAGCAUGAUGUGAUGCUGCUGGAGUUUAUGGCAUGCUGAUCCCCUCCUUUAACAGCAGAAUCAGACACAGGCAAAAGCAUAUGAGCUUUUGUGUGCUUGAAGCAGACCCUUCACAGCUGUCCAUAUCUUCUCAGAGGGUGAGGGGGCAUUCACUAACACUUGUACAGUAUCUAACAGCAACACAUUUUUACCCUUAACCCUGCCAACAAGAGAAUGUGCCGACAAUACCUUGGAGCAAUCAUGCUCUGUUCUGCUGCUAUAGUAGACAAGAUGACAGCUUCAAGUCACCCAAAAACGUAACGUAUCCAGUGACAUUCCAUUGAAGGCAGCUCACAGGCCAAAGCAGGUGUGCACUACAUGCUAUCAGUCUUUGCACUGAUUUACAGUAAUAGUUAAUUGCUAAUUGUAAUUUAUUUAUUUUUUUAACACUGAAAUCAGGAUUUUAGGUUAAACUGCAUAUGAAUGUAAGGGAAGUGUAUACAUCUUUGGUCCUGCAGCUGGUCACCAUUGUUAAAACAAGUUUACAACAAAUUUAAAA